GAGGUAGGGAUCAAGGAUAUUGGGGAGGCUGGGUUUGUAAUCAGCCCCUGGCUACAGUGAGGUGCUGUGAGUGAUUCCAAAUGCACGUGAGAGUUCCUGUGGGAAGCUGGCACAGACCAAAUCACCACGGUUUCAUAAAAGGAUGUCCUCUAGAGCUCAGGUUGAAAUUGAAGGCCAUCUUUCUCUUUUCUUUAGCUAUGUCCUUUGGGGUUUUUUUAUCUUAAAGCAGCUUCUCAGGUUUAGGUUGAAUAACAUGUUAAAGCACGUAAAUGGUUCUUUGAGACCAGAUAUGAUUUUAGGCAUUAUAAUAGCUAGAGGGAGAGCAAUUUCCAGUACAAAGGUCAGUAGUGUUCAUUUCUUUAUUGACUAUAGAGGGAGACUAGAAUUACAAGUGUUGGCAGAGUCCCAGCCUAAGCAAACAACAUGCUCUAUGAACUUUUGCUCACUUUGUUCUGUUCAGCACCACAUCUGUUUAGCUGCAUGGAUAACAGUAAUAACAUUUUAUUGCUUUGGCUGACAGCAGCAGAGCAAACACUCGGGUUCCUUUGAAAAUUGUCCCAGCAAAUGGCAGCGUUGCUGAAGGUUUAGUCACUUGCUUGUCAAGAGCUGGUACAGGAAGCCUCGUGUCAGAGCUAUGACUGAGCAUAACUGCAGCUGAAACAAGAAGGAAAUGAGUUGGCUCCGUGCUCACUUCAGAGACAGAGGACCCCGCAGAGGCCCUUCUUCAGAGACAGAAGCAAUGAAAAGGCAGAGCUCUGUUCAGGAGCAUGAGAUUAUUGAAUUACGGGCACAUAAUGUGGAGGAAAGUGAGACUGAUCAUGACAAGGCUCUAAAUGCUCAAAUGAGAAAGGAGAGAGAUCCCUGGAAAUCAUGCAGGGAUGUAGUUUUCUGGAAGUGUAAACUAUGGAUGGUUAUAACUACAAUAUUUCUAGUGAUCUUCCUGGUGAUUCUCAUCAGCCUAAUUCUUUAUUCUAAUGUUUACACAGAUGAGGAUGACUACUGGGAUCCUGAUGAACUACUAAGCAGUGGAAACUUUCACAAUUUUUCAGGAACAUUGGAGUUAAUGUGUGGUCUCCCACACUUCUCCUCUGAGGACAUUACUGAGAGGCUAACAGAAGUCUACAGUUCAUCUCCAGCUUUAGGACGUUACUUUAGGUCAGCUCAGGUGAUUUCUUUCAGUAAUGAAAGCUCCACUGUAAUUUAUCAGCUAGUGUUUUCUGUACCACCAUCAACAGAGGGAUUUAUGGAAAACAAUAUGAACCCGGAUUUUAUAAGGAACAUUUUGCGUCAGAAUAUUUAUGAUGAAGAUACUCUUAAUCCUGGGGCAUCUGAAUGUGACAGGUUAAAGCUCAACCCAACUUCUCUCACGUAGAAAUUAUGGAAAGAUUCCUCACCUUCAUCACCACCUAGAAGAGAUGGAAUUCCCUAUCUAUAAGCAAUCCCAGGGCAAGGAACUAUGCAUUAGGUAGAAACACUUCUAAAAUUGUUGUCCUGUAAAUAUUGCCUGUGAUGCAAUAUUGUAAAUGGAAAAUAUGGUAUAUUUAUGACGAUGUUGUAUUGCUACAGCACUACUACCUCCUUCUUUUAUAUCUCAAUAAUCCAUUUCACUCUUGAGAAAACCAUGCAUCUGAUACAUGUUCUGUUGACUUUGAAAGCUCUUCUUUGUCUUGCCUUAUGAUUAAAUCUGAAUGCUCUGCAUGAGCUUUAAAAGCAGUCUUGCACAUGGCUCCUUUUUCAUCUCUUGGCCUGUGCAAAAUUAUCUGCACAGCUUUAUCCUCAAUGCUCACUUCCACUCAAACUCAUAUCUGGUUUUUUUCCCUCCAAAUUUCACAUGCCAUAUUUCCUUGUUGCUAUUUCCUUGUAAAACAGCCUGAAAACAUACAUACAUACAUACAUAUAUAUAUAUAUAUAUUUGUAUUCUUUACUUAUGUGCAAGGUCUCUGCUCUAGCUUCUUAAGAACGCUUUAACUCUCAUGAUUUCCUUAUUCUUCCUACAGUCUCCUUGGUUAAGGUGCUCUUUGCUCUAUUUUUCUCUUCUUCAAUGUGAAAUAUGAAAGAAGAAGCAACAGCAUGAAGAGACAUGUCUUGUUCACUAACGCGUGCGAACAUCACAGGAAUUUUUAAAAGGUCGAAUUAGCAGUGUGCUUUUACAGUUAGCUACUGCUACCAGUGAAUAGACAGAUGCUUGACCUGUUUUUGUAAAUCUGAACACUACUCUAUGCCCUUAAUUAUCGUUCCUGCCCGGCACUGGGGAUAAAAAUGAACAGAUGUAAGGUAUUUGCCUUAAUAAGGCAGUAAAUAGUCGUUCUUGUUGAUGAGAGACCAGAUGAGAUGAAUCAGUGCCAAGAGAAAGGUGCCGAAGCAGGUGACAUGGGCCAGCAGUCAGUAGGCCAGUAACUGGCUAUAACAUAAAAACUAAGCAUUACUUUUAUGCAGAA